UCGAAUUGCAAAGGAUUGCGGGUGAAAAACAAUUUCCGCGGAGAUCAUCUCCCCGCUGCAUUACAAAAGGUCGACAUUGACAUUGGAGCCAGGGCACGUGAAACGGCUGUUAGAGGAUGCUGGAGUCUGAGGACGACGGGGAGAGCGUGCGCCAGGGGACUCCAUAUCGACGCGCAAGCACAGAACCCCGUAGCUGAAUGGUUAGAACAGUCGUGGCUGAGCAGUGCGCGCGGAACCUUCGCUCGAGCAAACUCCAUUCUGCAAGCUACUAUCCACGAGAUGAGAGAUGAAGCUCCAACAUAUUGACGACAGGCUCCCAUUUCGCGGAAAUGCAACGCACGGUGCAAGAACAGAUGCAAUCGAUACUGUCGGGGGGGUCUUGUACCCUUCCAUAGGAGCUGCAGCCUCUGUGUUGAUCCUGGCGAUAGGCGGGACGCUAUUCGCCCUUCGCCGUCGGCUGAAACAGCCGUCCUCCGUCCCCAGCUGCGAAGGCAUAGUCGUCUACCCAUCCCAAGGACCAGCGCCAACCUUCGUCACGAAGGACGUCGUCUUCAACCUACCGAUUCUCCAUUCCGCGAACUCCACGAGUGACAUAUUAUCCGACCUUGACCCCGAGGACCUGCCGCUUUCCAUGGAGAGGCCUCAGCCCCGGACAAUACGGUCCAACUCCUUUGGAAGCUACGGGCUCGGAGGAUCUUUGGGAUGUUUAGAACCUGACCUGUAUAAAGCGGCGCCGACUGAAGAUCCGUAUCCAGAAGGUCACAUCGGCCGUAUCUGGAUGAAGCUCAGUCACGAGCCGAAAACCGAACAGCUCACGGUUACACUGAUGAAGGCGCGAAACCUCCCUGCACGCCCAGGAGGAAGCUGCGACCCCAUGGUCAGACUCCACCUGGCUCCCGGAGAUCGCCGCCACGCUCAGUCGCGCCAGAAACGAAGAGACUGCAAUCCCAAAUUUGACGAGACCUUCGUUUUACAGGUUCCGAACGGUGAUCUGAGUGGAAAAACGUUGCGGAUAUCGGUAAUCGAUGGCGGUCGUCCAAAGAGAAAUUCCACAAUUGGUUAUGCGGCCGUCUCUUUGGAAGGGGCUCUACCCGAUGGCGAGCCUAGAAUAUUUCAAUUGGACUUAGACAAAGAACCGCCGGAUCACAGUGCUCGCGGGGAAGUUCUGCUGUCACUCCAAUACAACGAUCACUCUGGUCGUCUGACCCUGACAGUUAUGGAAGCCAAAGGCCUGAGGCAAGGUGUCGUCGAAGUAUGCGCGAGAGCGACCUUAUCCAAGCACUGCAAGCCCCUGAAAACAAGAAGAACUGCUCUUGCGAGACCCAGACAAGGAUGUUGGCCUUUCAGCGAGGCCCUCCACUUCCGGUUGAGCGGUCCUGAUGCCAACUUGACGGGGUCUUUAACGGUGAGCCUUCUUGCGCGUGGCACCAAGGAAAGAGCCCUGGGUCGAGUGGUUCUGGGACCUUACAUGUUUGCCAGAGGUCCAGCACUCGAGCAUUGGACCGCAGCCUUUUCAAAACCACGAGAAGCAACCCAGAGGUGGCACACACUCUCGUAAUGCGUUUCCAAUAACAAAAUAUACGGCCAUGGAUUGUCACUACUUUGUUCCGUGAUCGCUGUGACUAUAAUUAUAAUUAUUGUUAUUAAUAUUAUUUUUAUUGCCCCGUUAUUG